AGAGGCAUCUAAUCACCGCCAUUGAUAUAGUUUUUGUGGUUUUGAUAACAAGAAUAUUGGAACUUAUUUUCAGAAUGUUAAAAAUAUUAGUUGAACCAGAAUAGCAUCCCAAUGUCUGGGACUCUGGCCUUAUUUAGAAAGACAGCCGGUCAUGGCGAUAUAAAAAAGUCGGCCCUGAAAGUAGCAGAUACUAAAAAAGAUACAGUCACUCGACUGAAGCAUCUUCGACUUGUUUUGGAAAAUUAUGACACCCAGGAAGCCAAAAAGUUCUUUAUGGACAAUUAUUCACAUAUUUACUACAUAUUCUAUGACAAUUUUGGUACAGUUGAAGCCGAUUUGAAACAAAGAGCCAAUAAAGCACACAGGGAAGAGCUGGAAAGUAUUCUAUUCAUAUUUGAAAAAAUCCUCUUUCUGUUACCUGAGAUUAUACAUAAACGAUGGAUGUUUCACAGUAUAGGGCGAAUCAUAAAAAAACUACUUCAUCCAGGAAACAACUUACAGAUUCGCAGUCAAGGAGUGAGGUUUUUUCUCAUCUGGUAUCAAUGUUUGCAAGAAAAUGCCAGUGAAGAAUGCCAUCAGAUGUUCCUUAACUUAGUACCUGGACUCAGAGAUGACACGGUAGCAGAUUUCAACACCCUUAUAUCAGAAAAUGCUGCAUCUUGGGCAGACAGUGUUGGUGGUAUUAUUGCUGCUGGAGAAAUCACUGCCAUUCUUCCCAGUCAGGCAGAGAAAACCCCAGAUAAUAUAACGAAAUAUUUUCUUGAUAGUUUGCUCAAUUUCAUGGUUUCAGAGGUUAUAAAAAUAGAAUGGAUGAACAAAGAAAUGAGGGAGCAGAGUUUUGACUUUUUGUUUUCAAAGUUUAAAGCAAAGUAUCUGCAUUGGUUGUUGCCAGACUUUGUGCACAGAGAUAUCUAUGACCCUGUUCAAGAGCUUCCUGUGGCCCGUAGCAAAGAAGUGAUGAAGAAAAAAGAUGAACCUUUGGCAGUUUCAGAAUGUAGAGAUUCAUUUAUAUUUUGGUUGGCAAAUUUUACAGUAUCUAGUCUUAAACCUGAUCCUGAUUUGCACAAGGGUCUGUCAUGUUCACUGCUCACUGAGCCUUCAUCUCAUACUGGAGAAUUAAGGGACAUGAGCAAAGGUGCUGGUGAUGUUGAAGAAGGUGCAUCUUCACCACUUCCAGGCAGCAAGGGCAGUACUUUAUCCUCAGACAUGGUAACUAAUGACUCAAUGGCCAGCUUGUGUGGGGAGAAUCACUCGGCUUCAGAGUAUGAGAUUGUUAAGGCUGUCUUGUAUUCUACUAGAGAAAAUGUCAACACCGUUCAUGAAUGCUUUAGACAGACCCUUCUUCAGUCAUUCAGACACACUAAUGCUAUUAGGAAGGUGAUUAGUGUUUACAAAGAAUGGUUUCAACAUGAAGAAGAGCGGCCAGUGUUUAUGUUGGAGCCACCAAGUAUAGAGAACACCACAGAGGCCAUUGACCAGGUUGAACAAAAUGGCGUUGACCAGGGAGAGGGGCCAGAGUUUCAUCAUGGUUCUCUCUCAGAUAUUGUGGAGGAGGAUAGAAACUCAUUUGAUGAUUCACCAUCAGCUAGUGCCCUUUCCUUACAACACUUAAAUGCCCCAUCAGAAAAUGAAGAUGGUGCUAGACGAAUUUACCUUAGAAAUCGCUCCUACUUGGGAGCUGUGCAAGACCUAGCAGACCUUGGGGAUGAAAAAAGUAAAGAUGUUAGAGCAGGAUUGCAAAGAAUACUUCAAGUGUUCAUUACUAAUGCUGCCAAUAUUUUUCUAUUGGAUGCUGAAGAUGAUGGGCAUCUGCAAGAUCAGGUGGAACUCUGCAAACGGGUGCUGAACAUCUAUCGCCAUGUGGUCAUGAACAUUGAAUUAAAUCACCAAACAUGGGAGCAAAUGUUGAAGGUGUUGUUGCGAGUUACAUCUGGUGUUCUGAAGCGAAACCCUCCAAAAGAAAGAUAUUUAACUUUAGGAGGAAGAUUAGCUCAGCCAAUUUUUCAGACAUUGAUAGUUACUUGGACCAAAGCAAAUUUAAAUGUUAUGGUGACUUCAGCAUUAUGGGAUGAAUUUCUGGCAGUUCUUUCUGCUCUUACAUCUUGGAAAGAACUGAUUAUGGAGUGGUCGAAAACAAUGGAAACCCUUACAAGAGUUUUGGCAAGGCAGGUAUAUGGGUUAGAUUUAAAUGACCUCCCUUUGGAGCGAUUGAGUGAGCAGAAAGAAAAAAGACGAAGGGGAAAAGAGUCUACUAAAGGAAAAUCCAACUCUAAGUCAACAGCUGGAAAGCUUGAGAAAAGCUUUUCCCGAGGCUGGAGUGGUAGCGAUGGCAAUACUGUGAACCCACUCCGUAGCUCAACUAACAGUGCCCCAACUCCAGAGUUGACAGGAUCUUUUGAAAGGGGAACCAAAUACAAAAGUGAUGGUGCUGGAGGUAAAAUACGACCAGACUUAUCCAAACAAAAGUCUCUGAGUGGAGAGCCAUCACCAGCCCAUUCCCGAUGUCCAUCAACGUCUACAGAAUGUUUAGUCAGGUCUAGCAGUGAGGGAAACAUUGCAGCGGAUCCACAUGAGUUGCUUGAAAAACUCAGAGCUUCAAAUGCUUCAUCAAAUCCCAGUAAUAAUGAGAGAAGCUCCUCCACUUUAGAUGCCUCUCCCAACAGUUCAACAACACAAGCCUACACAGCUGCACAUGGAGCCACUGCAAUGGUUGAAGAUGUUGAAGUAGCACAGAUUACAACAACCUGUACAGCAGAGUUAAGCAGCAUGAUAGGAGUUCAUUCAAUUCUUGGACAGGGCAGUUAUGAGGGCCUAAACACAGAUAAAUCAGAUGAUCACACAGGUUCUCGAUCACCCUCUCCGUCUUCUAUACGAUCAAAAUCAGGCAGCCGUACACCCUCCCCCACAACCAUGUUGAUAUCUGCAGAUAAUCAUAAAGACAGUCCAACCCCAGACAGAGAUUCAUUGCAUCUUGAUAUCUCUGGACCUGAAGACAGUAAUGUGAACAGAGGAUUAGAUGUCUCUGUGGAUUCUUUAGAUGAGUUAAAAAGUAUAAUGGCAGGUGGUAAAGUGCCUGGGUGGAUGCCAGAUGUGGCUGUAGUCUUAUGGCAGCGGAUGCUAGGAUGUUUAGGAGAUGUCAAUAAAAUAGAAGACCCAGAAAUACAUGCAAUAGUUUUUGAUGCAUUAGCUGAGCUUUUAGACACAUUGUGUAGGAUGAGUGACAACCUAGGAGUAACGCAAGACAACAUGUCAUCCCCACCACCACCUGAACUUAUUCCACCUUUACAUUUUUUUUCAUCCUGGCUGUUUGAGUGUCUGAAUUUAAAUAACAAAUACAAGAAAGGAAAGCUUAUGGCUUACCAGCUAAUAUGUCAGUCUUUGCUCCGACGCCAUGAAGUCAUGCCAUCUCAGCAGCUUUUAUCACAGUUUUAUCUAGUUUUACAUGCAGGGCUGGUCUCUUCUGAUCAAGAUAUUGUGAAUGUUCUAGUCAGAGACUGUGGCCCCAAGUUUUUUUCACUAUCAUUACCUGGUUCACUGUUGCUCACCCUUGACUUUAUUAAAGCUGCUGGCAGCAUCAUCUCAGCUGUAGAUUAUAAGGAGCCACCUCGUUCAGAGGCAGUAACAGUAUUAGGAUCUCUUUUGUGCUAUCCUCAUCAUUUACAAGAGAUUCCAGCAUUAGAACCUGAGACUAUGAGUACAGUCAGUAUUUUAUCUGCAGACCUGAAAGAUUUAGUCCUGGACUAUUUACUGAAGGCAGGCAAAAGAGAGCCAGCUGGUCUGGCAAGAUGUGUGGCUGUGAGUGGCAUUGCAAUAUUUUUAUAUGGAGAACUAACACAUGGAACAAUGCACCCCAAAAUGAAAGAAGCAAUUAAUGUAUUACUAGGAGCACUAAUGUGUGCUAACAAAAAGGUAGCAAAAGUAGCCACAGACAUGCUGUUACUGCUUUGUGAUCAUGUAGACAAGCUGCUUGAUUAUCAUCCACAUAUGCCCAAGAAAAUCACAGAGGCUAUUGCAUCAACAGUAUCAUCUCUUAUACCAUCUCAUGGUGCCAAUAUAAAUUCUGAUGAAGAGAAAAGGUUGAUUGUCUCCAUGAUGUUUUGUAUGGUAGAGUGGUGCUUGAAAAUGCCAGUAGCACUCCUUAUGGAGACAACAGAAAGUGAUAAAAGUUGCAUUUAUAAAGUUUUUAGGGUUCUUCAUUCAGCAGUCACUGGACAUAGUUCUUCAUCUUUAACUAGAGUAAGCAAAUCUCUAUCAGAUUUUCUGUCUGAUUCUGAUUUUAUCAAUAUAUGGGAACCACAGAGUGGCUCAGCACACCGACCUUUCAGUGCUGAAACUUCAUUAUCAGAUCCAUUGACAGAGACAGGGAGGUCCCAGCAGGCCGAGCUGGUCAGAAAACCUGAGACAGACAUUAUCAAAUUGGCAGCUAGAGCUUUGAUGACUCACCUUGUCAAUCACAUGUCUCAUUUUCCCAUGGGUUCCGGAGCUGCAAGGCUUCACACCACUGUUCAAGAACACCAUGAUUUGCCUGAAUAUGUGGAGGAGGACUUAAAGCCAGACAUUUUCACUGCACCCAACGUGCAGUUUUUUGUGUUGAAUCAUCGCUGCCUUAUAUCAUUCAUCGAACUUCCUGCAGUGGAUGCCCCAGGCGGAGGUGUAACAGCAGGACUAAUGACCGCACGCACAGUGUGCCGUAUUAUUGUCAGAGACUUGUGUGGGAAAUACUGCUGGGAGAACUCUGUUUUGUACAGCCCUCCUUGGUGCACCAAAGGAUCAUCACGACACAAUGCUCAAACUCUGCUGGGUCUAGCCACAGGAGCUGAGUUGGAACCCUUACUGAUUCAAGAGGACAAUGAUGUUCAGAGAACCGAGGCUCUUGUUGAAUACAAAGCCAGCAAAUUUCCUCACUAUGAGGCUGUUGGAGUAGAUGGGGACAAUUUGGAUAUGAUGCUUGCACACAUUGGAUUGACCAGUCCUGAAUGCCUGCUCAGACCAGGACAGCCUUUGAACAUAGCAGCUCGCCUGCCAGAAGAUUUGACAGAGUCAGCUGAAGCCAGCCUGAUCAAAUUGAUCCAACAGCAAACACAGGUGGAACAUGAGCAUAGACAUGCACAUAAAAUGGAUAUAAGACAUAAAAGGAAAAGGGAUUCCGAACACAUGGUGGCACCUCCUGAAAUGCCAGCUGAAAGCCAAGAUCCAGUUUCCCCAUUUCAAAUGUGUAGGCUUCUUUUAGAUCAACUGGGGUUGUUGUCUUGGGAAAAGAGGUGUCAUUUUGAUUUGUUAAAAAAAAAUGAUAAAGUCCUGAGGGAAUUAAAAAAUUUGGAUGCACAAAAAUGCCGAGAAACCCAUAAAAUAGCUGUGAUAUAUAUAGCCCAAGGACAAGAGGAUAAAAACUCCAUUUUGUCCAAUAAUACUGCAAGCUGUGCCUUUGAAAAUUUUGUUGCUGGUCUUGGAUGGGAGAUUGAACUGGAAACACACCAAGGAUUCAUGGGGGGUCUUCAGCAAAACCGAACAACAGGCAGCACUGCCCCAUACUGGGCCAAUUCAACAUGUGAAGUCAUCUUUCAUGUGUCGACUCGGAUUCCCAGCAUGGGAAGUGACUGGCAUAUCAAGAUGCGGCAUCUUGGCAAUGAUGAAAUUCAUAUAGUUUGGUCAGAACAUAGUAGAGACUACAGGAGAGGGAUCAUUCCCACAGAAUUUGGUGACAUAGUCAUUAUCAUAUAUCCCCUGGCUUCAGGCCUUUACAGAAUCCAGAUUGACAGGAAACCAGAGGUACCGUUUUUUGGUCCUUUAUUUGAUGGAGCCAUUGUUGACCACCAUGUUCUGUCUGGGCUUGUGCGGGCUACUGCUAUAAAUGCCAGCCGACUGAAGCGCUCACUGAUGCCCCUUUAUCACUCAUUUUAUGAAGAAAGAGCCAAAUGUCUUGAGACUAUCAUCCAGCAGCACACAGAACAUACAAUGUUUGAAGACUUUGCUGAAAAUGUCUUUGCUCCUGUGUUGCCAGCUAAUGCUGCAAUUGUUGACGUGACACUCCCCUCUGAAUCCAGUAGCAGCAGCUUGAAUGAGAUCCUGCAGGGACAAGUGGAGCAGACCUCAUCCCAGAUGUCACCCAACACAUCCAGGCAGAGAGGAAAACUCCGCCUCCCCAGUGUUGCAAGUGACUCAGCAUUACUAGAAGUACCAGCGGCCUCAGAGAAUAGAUUCCAGAGGACAGCCAGGCGCUUGUCCAUCAGAGCUAGAAGAUCUUCAGGCUCUAAGAGUUCCCUGUCUCCAAGCCCUACCAUUGGUUCUGGCUUCAUAUUGCCUGAGAGUCCACAGUCUAGGAAUGGCAAGAGGGUCAUGAGUGCCGCCCUGCCUGUACCUGCCAACAACAACAAUGAUGUUGUUGACAGUUCCAAGUCCAAAACCAGCAAGAAGGAAGCAGAAAACAGUCCAAAAACUAGGAAAGGGAAAUCUCAUUCAGAGAGCCCCAAGUCCAAACAUAAAAAAUAAUUGGAGGAUCAGUGCCUACAGUGUGUAUAUAUACAUUCUUAAAUUAUUAAGCAAUUAUUUGGUUUAAUGACAUUGUCAAUUAUUUCUUGGAAUAUGUAUUUUAUAUAACACAUAUCCUGUGCAGAACAACCAGUUUUCUUUGGUGAAUACAUUUUUUUAAGUUUGUUAUUGUUUAAUAAUUACAAAGUUUUGUAAAAACAAAGAAUUUUUGUUUUUUUUAUAAUGAAUAAAUAAACAUGAAAAUUAAAUGCAAAGUAUUCACCAAAGUACAGAUAAUCAAGUUUUACUUUAAAAAACAGGGGAUAUUGGGCUAGUAGUACAUACCCAUUAGUGAAGUUAAAGAGAGCAUUAGAUUUGUACAGUAUAAAUUACAAGCAAUACUCAAAGACCAUGUAUAUUUUACUUUAAAUACUGCAGCUGCAUUUUAAAUGUUUUAACAUUUUAGAAAACAGCAAUAUACAUUGUAUCAGUGAAUUGUUCAUUUCUACUGAUUAGUAUAUACAUGAGUCUGUCAACUUGGUAAGUUUACUUUGUAAAAUAUUUUAGUUAGAGCCUCCACCAGGAUAUGAGUGGCAUCUCUUAGAACAUUGCUAUUUAAAGCUCUGCUUGUGUUUAUUUCAAUAGUGAAUAUCAUUAUAGAAUCUGACCCAUGGUCUAUUAGCUAUGGCUAAUUUACUGCAGACUGGGUCACUUUGGAUUUACCUAACAUCUUUUGGACCAACAUUUUUUCUCAAGCAGUUUUUAUAUAUUUUUUUACCCAAUUGUUGUAGCCAGAGUUUUUCUAAAGAAGAGAAUCCAUUGUUUUUAAAAGUACACAGCAGGUCAGUUCAGUGAUGACAGGGAGAAACUAUCUUGUCUAAUUUUACAAGACACUAUAGAUAACUUAGGCUGAAACAAACAUUUGUGAAGCUGUCAAAAAAGUAUUUGCUCCUACUCCCUGUUCAUAACUUUUAGAGGUGCAAAAUGACUAGAUCCUGGUGAAGGUUCACAUUUUGUUAACUAGUGAUGUAUUCUAUUUUUUUAUUUAUAAACUAGUUAUUGUUUGGUUUAUGAUUUAUAUGUAACCUUUUUAAACCAGAGCUAGCUAUGUAUUAUAUCAAGUCAUGGCCGUAUAUGGAAGUGCAAUGAAUAGUACACUCAGGUAGAUAUUUAUAGAUAUUAUUUGUUGAGUUUUCUGGCUACUCCCUACCUCAGUGGUAGCAGUUUUUGUUCUACUGACAUGGACUCAUUGGAUGUGAUGCUCUAGAUUUUACUUUAUCAAGUACAUUUAAACCCAUGGCUAUUGUUAAUAUAAUAGGGUUUAGAAAUAAGCUUUACACAUUUUUCUAAUGCUGUGAAUCUUAGUAACUUUUGUUAUGGGAGGAAGUCAUGGGCUUAUUAGGCAAAUAUCUUCAUGUUAUGUAAUGUCUCAACUUGUUUUUUUAGUUGAUGAUGUAAAUGGAAUGAAUUAGUGAACUACACUCUGAGAUUUGGCUCAUACAGAAAUAGAACAUCAAUUGAAAGGGAAAAAAUGGAACAUUUUAUAUUUACAAUUUCAGGGUCCAAAUCAACUAAUUUUUUUUCAUUUCAAUUGUAAAUAGUUUCUUGGGCAUUGCAUUUUCUUUUUUGGAACUGUUUAACAUUCGCCAAGCUGAUUAAUUUUGAUCUGUCAUAGGCAGUGUUGAUGGUCAACUUAGUUGGUCAUGGAAUGGACAUAGUGGAUGGCCAACCUAGGUUGGUUGUGGACAUCGUGGAUGGUCAACCUGGGUUGGUGAUGGACAUCGUGGAUGGUCAACCUGGGUUGGUCAUGGAUAUUGUGGAUUGUCAACCUGGUUGGUAGUGCUAACCUUUGAAGAUGAUAGUGAAAUUGACAGCUAUGUUGUAGUUGAAAGUCUUGUUAGUUAACAUUUCAGUUGCUCACCAUCUAAUUUAAACAUGGGAAUUAGUUUGCUUGACCGCAUCACAUGGGUUGGUUAUAAAUUAACCAAUAGAGCAUUUACUUUGAAUAUAUAUUCGCUUGUACUUGAAUCUAGUGUAGCCGAAAUCAUGAGUGCUUGUAUAUUUAGUGUGGAUGAUCUAUUUAUUUUGAUCUUGGUAUGGAGCAGGUUGUGUUGUACAUUGUUUUGUUGUUGAGUGUAUCAACUCCAAAUACUGUGGUCAUCUUUGUAUUAUAUCAAACUCUAUAUGAUCAAUAUUGUAUUAUAUCAAACUAUACGAUCAAUAUGGCUGCUGUUGAUUAAGCAGGAAUUGGGUGAAUUAUUUAUCUACCAAUAAACAAGUGUUCAU